CUCGCGGUCUCGUAGUUGAACUGUUCAGUGAAACGGUGUUUUCUUUGUGAAAAGCAGGCUUUGUAGCUGAUAAGUUCACUUUCGUGCGUGUGGAUGCGCCUCGAGACGUUUGAAAAGCGAAAGUAAUCCGAGAGGUUUGCUACAAAACAGCUGAAAUGUAUUCGAGCGGAGCAGCGAGUGCAGCAGCUCCUCUGUCUCCUCCUUCUCCACCACAAGAGUAUGUGUUCAAACCACCUCAGAGGCCAGACUUUGGCACCAUGGGUAGGACAAUCAAACUGCAGGCCAACUUCUUUGAGAUGGAGAUCCCCAAACUGGAGGUGUAUCAUUACGACAUUGACAUCAAACCUGAGAAGUGCCCACGCAGGGUCAACCGUGAAAUUGUUGAGCACAUGGUCCAGCACUUUAAAACACAGAUCUUUGGUGACCGAAAGCCUGUGUACGACGGGAGGAAGAAUUUAUACACGGCAAUGCCCUUACCCAUAGGGAGAGACAAGGUGGAGCUGGAGGUUACAAUUCCUGGAGAAGGGAAAGACAGGAGCUUUAAAGUGGCCAUAAAGUGGGUUUCUUGUGUUAGUCUGCAAGCUCUUCAUGAAGCACUGUCUGGACGGCUACCAAGCAUCCCCUUUGAGACCAUUCAAGCUCUGGAUGUGGUCAUGAGACAUUUGCCUUCCAUGAGGUACACACCUGUUGGCCGCUCAUUCUUCACACCUUCUGAAGGCUGCUCCAACCCUCUUGGUGGAGGAAGGGAAGUCUGGUUUGGCUUUCACCAGUCUGUUCGUCCAUCUCUUUGGAAAAUGAUGCUUAACAUUGAUGUAUCAGCUACGGCAUUCUACAAAGCCCAACCAGUGAUUGAGUUUAUGUGUGAGGUUUUGGAUUUUAAAAGCAUUGAUGAACAACAGAAGCCCUUAACAGAUUCCCAAAGAGUCAAGUUCACUAAGGAGAUAAAGGGUCUGAAAGUAGAGAUCACACACUGUGGGCAGAUGAAAAGGAAAUACAGAGUUUGUAAUGUAACUAGGAGACCAGCCAGCCACCAGACGUUUCCCUUACAGCAGGAGAAUGGGCAAACCAUCGAAUGUACUGUGGCCCAGUACUUUAAAGAUAAAUACAAACUGAUACUUCGAUAUCCUCAUCUCCCAUGUUUACAAGUCGGGCAGGAACAAAAGCACACUUACCUUCCUCUUGAGGUUUGUAACAUAGUGGCUGGACAGCGAUGCAUUAAGAAACUGACAGACAAUCAGACCUCCACUAUGAUUCGGGCCACAGCCCGGUCGGCGCCUGACCGCCAGGACGAAAUCAGCAAAUUGAUGAGAAGUGCCAACUUUAAUAGUGACCCUUACGUGCGUGAGUUUGGGGUCAUGGUAAGAGAUGAGAUGACUGAAGUGAAUGGCCGAGUCCUCCAGGCACCAUCAAUUCUCUAUGGAGGACGGAACAAGGCAAUAGCUACCCCGAUCCAAGGUGUAUGGGAUAUGAGAAACAAGCAAUUCCAUACUGGGAUAGAGAUCAAGGUUUGGGCCAUCGCCUGCUUUGCUCCCCAAAGGCAAUGCACUGAGCUCUUAUUAAAAGCGUUUACAGACCAGCUGCGCAAGAUUUCUCGUGACGCAGGCAUGCCUAUUCAAGGCCAACCCUGCUUUUGUAAGUAUGCUCAGGGAGCUGACAGUGUGGAGCCCAUGUUCAAACACCUGAAGUACACCUACCAAGGCCUGCAGCUGGUAGUAGUCAUUCUUCCGGGGAAAACUCCCGUCUAUGCGGAGGUGAAGCGUGUUGGGGACACAGUUUUAGGAAUGGCCACUCAGUGUGUCCAGGUGAAGAAUGUCCAGAAAACUACUCCACAGACACUGUCUAACCUUUGUCUGAAGAUCAACGUUAAGCUGGGUGGAGUCAACAAUAUUCUGCUUCCACAGGGAAGGCCCUUGGUUUUCCAGCAGCCUGUAAUUUUCCUGGGUGCAGAUGUGACUCAUCCUCCAGCAGGAGACGGAAAGAAACCCUCCAUUGCUGCAGUGGUUGGUAGCAUGGAUGCCCACCCAAGCCGGUACUGCGCCACAGUGCGGGUUCAGCAGCACCGCCAAGACAUCAUUCAAGACUUGGCUGCAAUGGUGAGAGAACUGCUGAUCCAGUUCUACAAGUCUACCCGCUUCAAACCCACACGUAUUAUCUACUACAGAGAUGGCAUUUCAGAAGGUCAAUUCAAUCAGGUUCUGCAACAUGAGUUACUAGCGAUCCGUGAAGCCUGUAUAAAGCUCGAGAAGGACUACCAGCCAGGCAUCACUUUUGUAGUAGUCCAGAAGAGACACCAUACCAGGCUUUUCUGUAUGGACAGGAAUGAGAGGGUCGGAAAGAGUGGGAACAUCCCCGCUGGCACCACGGUCGACACAAAAAUCACUCAUCCAUCAGAAUUUGACUUUUACCUUUGCAGCCAUGCUGGUAUUCAGGGUACUAGCAGACCUUCUCACUAUCAUGUGUUGUGGGACGACAACCACUUCACUUCAGAUGAGCUACAGGUACUCACAUACCAGCUUUGCCACACCUACGUGCGCUGCACCCGUUCUGUCUCCAUUCCUGCACCUGCCUACUACGCCCACCUUGUGGCGUUCCGAGCACGCUACCACUUAGUGGACAAGGAACAUGACAGUGCUGAAGGCAGCCACACAUCAGGCCAAAGUAAUGGUCGAGACCAGCAGGCCUUGGCUAAAGCUGUGCAGAUCCACCAGGACACACUGCGCACCAUGUACUUCGCUUGAGCUCGGCCAGAAUGGCUAGCAACAAGUCAAGUCAAGUCAACUUUAUUGUCAAAUAUGCUAUACAUGCUCGACAUACAGCACAGAUGAAAUAUCAGUCCUCUCUGACCCAUGGUGCAAACUGGCAAUGCAAUAAAUAAAAAUAGAAUAAUUGAAAAAAACAAACAAUAUAAACAGUAUAAACACUCUAGAUAGGAACUAGACAUAGACUAAACACUCAAACAAUAUAAACAGUAUAAAUAAACAGUAUAAACACUAGAUAAGAACAAGACAGACUAAACACUCAAACAGACAAUAUAAACAGUUAUAAACACUCUAGAUAUGAACUAGACUAAACACUCAUACACACACACACACACACACACACACACACACACACACACACACACACACACACAUAUAUAAAUUGGUACAAAUAACCAAACAGUCAAGGGCACUUGAGGUAAUACAAGUAGUACUGGUGGUGCAAAGCACAAAACCAGAAAGGACAAUUAUGUUUGGUUAAUUGGUCCCACUUCCAAGGAACUGUCUGGGAGAAAGCUUCCUUCUGCUAGGGAAGUCCUUAGUGUGUUCUUUUAUCUCCACAAGAUACCAUAAUACCGAAGGGUUUAGAAAAUCACAGACAAGUAAUAGCUAUUGUUACUUUGAACACAGGAAGUUAUAUUACUGUAUUGUUUGUAUUAAUAUGAAACAGUUAAUAA